CAACCAACCAAGGUCUAGCCACACUAUUAAGGCAACCAACCAACACGGUUACAGACAACAAUAUCAAUAGUAACACUAGCAACAAUGCCUGAGGCAAGAAUUGAGAGAGUUCCCAUCCUUCGCAAUGGUGGUCGUGGCAGAGGCCGCGGCCGCCGCAACUCCAAUGGCGGCAACACCAACGCCAACAGGAACAACAACCAGCGCGAAGAUGAUGGCUCCCCCAGCAGGAAACGAACUGCCUUUGAUCCAUCCGCGAUCAAUCCUCAGACAUACCAACCCGAUGCAACACAAAAGGAAUCACGAGUGGCCCCACUGCAAGCCGCCCUGAAUUUCCUACAUGGCACCACUGCGACGCUCCAUGAGGCAUACCACCGUACCGUCAACAAAGUAGGAGAGGAAUUCAUCAAAGCCUUUGCGGCACACCAGCGCAACAAGGACACUCUCGACGGUAUGAUUGAUGGCAACAACCAAACCGGGGAAUUGACCCCGUCCCGGAUUCCGAAAUCAGUCGAUAUCAAAUUCGAACUGAAGGCUGGCAACCCAGCAAUGGAGAGCGAUGCGAGCUUCCAAGCUCUCCAACAAGAAUCCACACAAGCUGUUGAACUCUACAAACAAACCCAAGCAAAAAUUCUCAUCCGAAAGAAACAACUGGACGUCCAAUAUGCUCAAAAGGCCGUAGCCGAGUCCCUGGCUAGAGGCCUUCUGCCCAUCGCCAAUGGCCACAAGGUCAUCUGCGGCAGAGAGAAUCUCAAUGGCCAUGCAAUCGUCAACACCAUCCUGGAGGCACACCACGAGGUGUUACUCAAACAAAGAGAGAGAUCGCUCCUCUGA